CUUGAUCUUGCAUCUAUGACAUUCAACCAUCGAAACAUGAACGACACAUAAUACUAUCGGUUCUAUAACUCACAAAGAAUAAAAAAAAAUGAACUCAGACCUGACGAACAUUGCCACCAAUCUCGCCAACACCGUGUUGGCCAACCGGGGAGAGCAGGGCCAGCGCAACGCCGUGCUGGUCUCGCAGCACGGCACAAACAUCCGUGACCCGGGCUUCCUAUCUCAUGAUUUCCGGAAGACGUUCCACGCGCCGCCGAGACUGUAUUUUACUGCUGAGGACGACGAGUUUGAUUCCACAACGUUGUCGGAAUGGCAAAAUGCGGGCUUCACGGUCGAAUACUUUCCCAUGGGCAAGGGUGGCGCAUCAUACACGAAAAAGCUGGAGUCACUCUUCUCGAAACCACUGGAGAUUGGUGAGACCUUCGGAAUAAUCGCAUUCGGCGACGCUGCGGGGGCCUGUCUAGAACACUUCCACAUCAUCGACAACAACCACGACAACAAGCUGGGCGUCCUCGUCGCAUACUACCCGAACAUCAUCCCCGACCCGCGCGCGGCAUUCCCCUCCACCAUGAAAGUCGUCGUGCACCUGGCUGGGGACGAGGUCGGCGAGGUGCAUCACAGCCAGCUGGCCGGAGUCGAAGGGAAGCGCAAGGUGGUCCGGCACGACCUCAAAGACGCACCGGGGAAGGGAAAGAAGCUGGACUUCGCCUAUCCGUGCUACAAGUACGACGCUGAGCCUGGAUUCGCGGAGCGGGACUUGGAUGUCUAUGAUGGGGAAAGCGCCAUGAAGGCGCAGGAUCGGACCCUGAAGGCCGUGAAGGCGGCGUUCAGUGUGUGAUUGCGGCAUAUCGGGCCAACUGUAAUGUCAACAGCUGGCACGACGUACGAACGAUUGCGGAGAUGGGGUUAGUAUUUGUGCGCAUUGUCGGAUUCAUGAUUAAUGUCUAGCGAGCGUUCUAUGGUAUUGGAUCGCGAAUAGUAAUUCCACUUGCAUCAGAAUG